UUAUUAAUUUUAAUAAUUUACUUUUUUAUAGUUUUUGAUUGAAUAUAAAUAUUGAAAACGUCUGAAGAUGAAUAACAAGAACUCGUAUGUGAGUGGUAAUAGAAAGCGUUCCUGGAGCUCAGGCAACGGUGGAGAUGAAAACUGUAUAGCUAAUAGAAGACGGGGCUUGCCAAUCUAUUCAGCAAAGCAGAGAUUCCUUUCUGAAAUACGGCGAACGCACACAGCCAUUGUCAUAGGGGAGACAGGCAGUGGGAAAACAACUCAAAUUCCACAGUAUUUAUUAGAGAGUGAUUUAGCUGGGUAUGGUGUCAUAGCUUGUACGCAGCCACGUCGUGUUGCAGCUAUUACUAUUGCUGAACGUGUUGCGCUUGAGCAGAAUUCAGAACUUGGAGAUGAGGUUGGUUAUUGUGUUCGCUUUGAUGAUACCACUUCAUCGAAAACUCGGAUCAAAUAUAUGACUGAUGGUAUGCUUUUAAGAGAAUCGAUUCUUGACCCUGUAUUAAAAAAGUAUUCUAUUAUUAUACUGGAUGAAGCCCAUGAACGGACUGUCCACACUGAUGUCUUACUUGGUAUAGUGAAAGGGGCGCAAGAACACAGAACGCACAGUAUUCAUCCACCACUCAAGGUGAUUGUAAUGUCAGCUACGAUGGAUGUGGAUCACUUUUCCCACUAUUUCAACCAAGCACCUGUGUUCUACAUCCAAGGAAGGCAGCAUCCAAUACAGUUACUCUAUGCAAGUGAACCCCAAAGUGAUUAUAUCCAUGCAGCACUUGUAGCAAUAUUUCAAAUCCAUCAGAAAGCACCAGCAGAGGAGGAUAUACUUGUAUUUCUAACAGGACAGGAGGAGAUUGAAUCAUUACUGAAAGCUGUCAAAGAUGUUGCACAGGAUUGUCCAGAUGAUUGCCCAGGUGUGCAGGUUCUACCAUUGUAUGCAUCAUUACCUCCAUCAAUGCAAAUGAAAAUAUUCAACCCAGCUCCGAGGGGAAAAAGGAAAAUUAUUCUGUCAACAAAUAUAGCAGAAACGUCUGUUACGAUUCCAGGAAUUAAACAUGUUAUUGACACAGGGCGUGUGAAAGCAAAAAGUUUCAAAGCUGGAAGUGGUCUUGAUAUCCUGAGAGUCCAAAGAAUAUCACAAGCACAGGCCUGGCAGAGAAUGGGAAGAGCUGGAAGAGAGAGUAGUGGCAAUUGUUGGCGUUUGUAUACUGAAGAAGAAUAUGAAAAUCUGAAACCAAAUACUGUACCAGAAAUACAAAGAUCCAAUCUAAGCAGUGUAGUUCUGCAUCUUUUGUCUUUGAAUAUCCGAGAUGUGUUGCACUUUGACUUUUUAGAUCCACCAUCAAAAGAGAAUUUGGUUGAUGCCUUAAAUCAGUUGGAAUUACUAGGAGCUAUGCAGCAGAGGAACAACAAUGAGUUGACAUCACUUGGGAAGCAAAUGUCAGUCUUCCCAUUGGAACCAAGGCUUUCAAAGAUCUUAAUUUCCUCAAGACAGUACAGUUGUUUGGAUGAGGUUCUAGCUAUUGUUUCUAUGUUGUCGGUGGAAUCCAUUUUAAUCACACCAAAUAACAAGAGGGAGGAGGCACAUGCUGCAAGGAAGAAGUUUCUAUCAAGUGAAGGUGAUCACAUCACCUACCUCAACAUACAUAAAGCAUAUAGAGGAGUUGGCGGCAAUAAGGACUGGUGCCAUGACAAUUUCAUUAACAUCCGUAGUAUGAAACAAGCUGAGGAAAUUCGUAAACAGUUGAGGGAUCUGUGCAUUCGUGAAAAUAUACCUCGUAGCACUUGUGGAAAGGACACUACAUCCAUCAGGAAAUGUUUGACAGUGGGUUUGUUUAUGAAUGCUGCUGAGCUUCAGAGAGAUGGAACAUACAAAACUCUUGAUAAUAACAGACAUACAGUUAGCAUCCACCCAUCGUCGUGUUUAUUUCAAUGUAAACCUGCCUAUGUCCUUUACCAAGAGUUGGUCCACACUUCUAAGUGUUACAUGCGUAACUUAUGUGUAGUUGACCCUGAUUGGCUUAAUGAUGCUGCCCCAAGUUACUUCAGAAACAGAUGUAUCAGUCGGUGAUGGUCGAUCAUUUGCAUACAGAUAUACCAGUCAGUGAUGAAUGUUCGCAUACAGAUGUAUCAGUCAUUGAUUAUUUGCAUACAGACCUGUCAGUCAGUGAUAUCAUUUCAUACAGACUCCUUUGCAUACAGAUGUGUCAGUCGGUGAUAAUUGUUUGCAUAUAAAUGUAUGUCAUUGAUGAUUAUUUGCAUACCGACGUGUCAGUCAGUGAAGAUCAUUUGCUUACAGACAGAUGUGUUUGUUGGAGAUGAUAAUUUGUACGUACAGUUUAGUCGACGAAAUAAAUCAGUGCAGACAUUAAAAGUAACUUCAGAAACAGAUGCGUACAGAUGUGUUUGUUGGAGAUGAUAAUUAGUAUUAGCCAGUCGAUGAAAAAGAUCGGUGCAGACAUUAAAAAUACGGGUAUGUUUGUUUGAACAUAAGGACACAUUUAAUCCAGUCAAUGAAACCAAACAAAAAUUUUUGUUUAGGCCACAUUUUGGGAAAGUAAAAAAAAUGGGUAGGUCGGUAGGAAAACUUUUUUUUUAAACUAAAACGCUUAAAAAGUAGGAAAUAGACAAAUAAUACAACAAUUUUGGAUUCGCAUCGCAUACCAUGCACCAAAAUAGGCUAGGCCUUGGCCCCUAUCCUAGUCCAAGGCUAUUUCAGCCUUAUAAGCUUAUGAAAAAAAAUGAUUGUUCCUUGCAUUCAAAAAUAAAAAAAGCUAAAAUGCCGACCCUGAAUUUUGUAAAAUGUGGGUCAGUCGGGCGUGGCCAACACAAUAUUUUUUAUUUGGCCUGAUACAGACACAAAUAAUGUUGGUUAUUAUAGUCAAUGAUAUUGUUACUGUUAUUGAUGCUGUAAAAAGUAGUAGGAAAAAUUUCAACCACUACAGUACUGCCAAUAUUCCUGCUGCCUUGUGCUAGAAUGUUUUCUCUAUUACAAUGUAUAUUUGAUGAGAUUUGUAACAUACAAAUGAUAAAGUCAUUACUGAUAAUUUAAGAAAAAAAAAAGAGCAGCAUCACCACAUAUGGUACUGCAUUUGUUGGUUUCACAAGUCUUGCCAAGUAAAUGUCAGUCACAACAAUAUUUAUUAAAAAAUGAUAGUAGUAAUGAUUUUAAUUUUUAAAAUACAGUAUAAAUGCCAAGAAGUGGAAUUUAUCAUAAUAUAAUCAGUGAACAUGAGAUUGCAGGCCUAUACUAUUGCUUCAAUUGAUAAAGCUAAAAUAUUAUUUUACUCUUGUAGAUAAUUUAAUCACGAGGAAUACAUUCUUACCAAACAAUAUUUAUGUUUUUUAAUGUAAAUAUUAAUUUCUUCACUAUCUAUGGCAUCCUAAUAAUUGUGACACUAUGUAAUUUUAAUUUUGUUUUCAAUAAAACUAUCACAUUGUAA